CUAGAGCAGCAUGAAAAGCAUGGUGCCAUCGUGCGGAUUGCCCCCAAUCACGUUUCUAUGACCGACCCAGAGGCUAUCAAUCAAAUAUAUGGACACAAGACGGGAUUUCUGAAAGGUCCAUUUUAUGAAGAUAAGCCUGUCUUGUUCAAUACACGUGAUCUAAGUAUCCACCAAAGGAAACGAAAAUACGUCAAUCCAGCAUUCUCAGCAAGACACUUGCAGGCCUUUGAAGAGCACAUGACUCCCAGCAUCACAAGGCUCGUACAGUUCAUGCAAGCAUGUGUUGCUGAGGCCAAGUCUUUUGACUUUUGCCGUUGGUCAAACUUCUUAGCUUUCGAUGUCAUUGGGGAGUAUGCUUUUGGAAGCCCAUUUGGAUUCCUGGAAUCUGGACGAGACGAUUACAACUUGAUCCACACGGUCGACACCCGCGGAGAGGUGCUAAACACAAUGGGUCAUCUGCCUCGCGGGAUACGACCGUAUAUGAAGCAUUUUCGCAUUGAUCCAUUCUUUUACAACGGUCUCCGAGCGACGGCGAGUCUAGAGGCCAUUGGGCGAACGGCGUUUGGCAAGCGCAAGGCUGAUACUUCCACCGCACGUAAAGACUUGAUGAGCUUCUUACUCAACGCUAAAGACCCUGAUACUGGAGGUCCACUUCCCGACAAGGAGAUCCUUGCUGAGGCAAUCAGCUUCAUUGUUGGCGGCAGUGAUACGACAAGCAGCACAAUGACCAACUUCAUGGACUUUGUUUCUCGAGACCAAAAGCUCCAGGCUGAGAUUUUUUCGGAGCUCUUGGACGCCUUCCCAGGGCCGCGAGAUCCUGAUUGGGUCGCAUCAGACGAGGUCUCAGGAAAAUUGCGCCUUCUCAACGCCACGCUCAAAGAGGUGAUGCGCUUGAGACCAACGAGUUCUACGGGUCUUGAGCGCGUGGUUCCAGAGGGGGGUAGGGAGGUGGCUGGCACAUUCAUACCGGCAGGUUAUUUGGUCAGUGUGCCGACAGUCGCCAUCCAUCACAACCGCCAAAUCUAUCGUAAUCCGGAAAGGCUGGAUCCUCAGCGCUGGCUUGCGGAGGAUGCUCAUGAUUUGACGAAUUACUUUGUGCCCUUCUCAACAGGACCACGAGCUUGCGUCGGUAGAAAUUUUGCGUGGAUGGAGAUGACGAAGACACUUGCAACAAUCUUCCGUUUGUUCCGAUUCGAGCGUACCAUUUCCCAGCCGUCAGAGUCCCGGGAAGGCUUCUUUGUCAAGAUCAUGGAGUGCAAUGUGAGCGUCAGCUUACGACCGUCGGAAUGA